CUUCCAUUCCUCUCAGUUCUUUACGCCCGCGCGGGAACGCGCCCCGGCCGCGCCGCGCCAGUGCACGGGAGCGCGCGCCUCGGCGCGGGAGCGCGUCCCGGGGAGAGCCCGAGCAAGAUGGAGGCCGCGCAGAGGACGCCGCCUGGGCCAAGGCAACCACUGCCAGGAGCAUCGAGCCCCGGAGCUUGAGCCCUGCCGGUUCCGGAUCAGCCGUCCCGACUCGGCCCAGCUCCCGCCCCGCGGCCCGGUGGUCAGUCCUGGGCCGGCGGCCCCUGUCAGCCGCUGCCGCCGGCCCCGCCCCCGGGCACCAUGCUGCCCUCGCAGGAAGCUUCCAAGCUCUACCAUGAGCACUACAUGCGGAACUCGCGGGCCAUCGGCGUGCUGUGGGCCAUCUUCACCAUCUGCUUCGCCAUCAUCAACGUGGUGGUCUUCAUCCAGCCCUACUGGGUAGGCGACAGCGUGAGCACUCCCAAGCCUGGCUACUUCGGCCUCUUCCACUACUGCGUGGGCAGCGGGCUAGCGGGCCGCGAGCUCACCUGCCGGGGCUCUUUCACCGACUUCAGCACCAUCCCGUCCAGCGCCUUCAAGGCGGCCGCCUUCUUCGUGUUGCUUUCCAUGGUGCUGAUUCUCGGCUGCAUCACCUGCUUCGCUCUUUUCUUCUUCUGCAACACCGCCACUGUCUACAAGAUCUGCGCCUGGAUGCAGCUCCUGGCAGCCCUGUGCCUCGUCUUGGGUUGCAUGAUCUUCCCUGAUGGCUGGGAUGCUGAGACCAUCCGGGACAUGUGCGGGGCCAAGACGGGGAAGUACUCCCUGGGGGACUGUUCGGUGCGCUGGGCGUACAUUCUGGCCAUCAUCGGCAUCCUCAACGCGCUCAUCCUGUCCUUCCUCGCCUUCGUGCUGGGCAACCGGCAGACGGACCUGCUGCAGGAGGAACUCAAACAGGAGAACAAAGAUUUUGUGGGCACUACAGUAAGUUCCGUGCUGCGGCCAGGAGGUGAUGUGUCUGGCUGGGGAGUCCUACCAUGCCCUGUUGCUCACACACAGGGACCCUGAGAGCCGGGAUUAUAGCCUAGGAGUUGGCCUGACCUCAGCAUAUCCAGUCUGCUGCCCUCUCAUUCCUGCGUUUAAGCUCCAGACCCAAAUCUCGAACUGGCUGCCCACGGACCUCUGGGCUCUGAAGAGAGGCAGGAGCUGGGUGGCAGCCUGGCAGAAGGCAGAGCCCUUGAGAUCCUGAGAGCCCGAGUCUGGCCCUGCCUCCAUUGGACCUAGUGGAGCCUGGGUCUCCCUCUCCAGGUCCUUCGGUUUCCUUCUUUCCUGUGUAGACUAGCUGGGGGUCCCUGAGGAUCCCCAGGGAAAGGAGGCUCUGCAGCGCAAGCUCCUUGGACCCCCUCAAUCUGGAGGGCUGCCUGCUGCUCCUUGCCCGUCAGUCCUGAUCGCCUAAAGAGACUUACUCACAACACUGCCCCAGGAGGGCCAGACUCUUUCCUACUUUAUUUUUAUUUGCUGAUGAUGGUCCCACCACAUCUGCCACAAAGCUCCAGGUGCCACCAGCCCCACCUCCCCAACGGGGCCUCCUCUGCCUCCCUCAUUCAAGCCUGCACCCAGCUCUCAAAGGAAUCUGAGCCGUGCUGAGGGAGAAAGGAUAGGGUCUCUCUUCCUGCUGCUGGUAGCCCCUCAUCACCUCAGAGUCUGAGGGAGCAACGUGGGCUCUAGAGGCUGUGGGUAGAGGCAGCUAGUUGCAGCAGCUGGAGUUUGCCAACAUCCCAGCCUGGGGCUGGCCUGGCCUCUUCCCUGCUGGGAUAUCUCACUGGUGACUGGCUCCUCGAGCCUGGCCUGUUUUGUACAGCAUAGACUUCUCAGGCCCAUUGUCAGGGUUGGUGGCUGUGGAGAGGGGGCACAGAGGUGGGGAUUUAGAGGUUGCCCCUCUCCCUCUCAUGCUUCCUACACCCUGGACAUCCUGCCAAGGGCAGAGACUGUCUUGCGUCUUUGAUACUUUUCUGCCUAACUUGAACUUGCAGGUCACCUC